GUGAGCCGUGGGGUCGCGGGUGAGGGAAGGAGGCGAAGCUUUCCCUGGGCUUUCCCCAUGAUCCCCUCAGCGAUGGCGCUUCGGUCACGGUCCUGGGAGUUGUUGACGGUUUGCAGGAACCCGGGACGUGGGGUCGCGGCGCUCUCCACCAGUUCCAAGACAGAGGUGGCGCCUGAAGUGGACCCUCUGGUAAAUGAGGCUGUUGCCCCAGAGUUCACCAACAGGAACCCCCGGAACCUGGAGCUCCUUGCUGUGGCCAGGAAGGAGCGGGGCUGGGGGACAGUGUGGCCCUCCCGGGAGUUCUGGCACAGGCUGCGAGUUAUAAGGACUCAGCAUCACGUAGAAGCACUUGUUGAGCAUCGCAAUGGCCAGGUUGUGGUUUCUGCAUCCACACGUGAAUGGGCUAUUAAAAAGCACCUUUACAGUACCAAAAACGUGGUGGCUUGUGAGAGUGUAGGACGAGUGCUGGCAGAACGAUGCUUACAGGCAGGAAUCAACUUCAUGGUCUACCAACCAACUCCUUGGGAGGCAGCCUCAGACUCGAUGAAACGACUACAGAGUGCUCUGACAGAAGGGGGUGUGGUGCUACAGGAGCCUCGGAGAAUUUAUGAAUGAAAUAGAGGCAUUGUUUGGGACGUGUAAAUAUCAGGCUGUCAACUAUUACAUCCGUCAGAAGGGAGCAUCUGGAAGAACAGCCAGCUUGGAAGUUUUAUGCUGUAACGUAACUGCGGAGUGUUGGUAGCAGUUAUGAUCAUCCCCUUCUCCCCUUGUGUGUGUGGGGCUAAAGUCUUCCCUUCUCUUGGACAUGAGAGAAAUGUCUGAGAAAAGCUGUCACCACUUGUAAUUAACUUUUGAAGGACAAAUUAAAUGUUUAUAAGUUAAAGAAUAAAGGCAUAGUAUGAACUUUUA